AUGCCUACGAUUUCCGUGUAUUGUUCCUUAUUAGCGCUGUUAUUGUCAUUUAAUUUUGAAUACGUAAAUAGUGACAGGAAGUUCUAUGUGGACUACGAAAAAAAUGAAUUCAUCAAAGACGGCAAUAUAUUUCGAUAUGUUUCGGGAUCACUGCAUUAUUUUCGAGUGCCCAGGCCCUAUUGGAGAGAUCGUAUACGCAAAAUGAAAUCUGCCGGCCUUAAUGCAAUAUCAUUGUAA